GGGCCCGCCACGCAGCGCGGCGAUUGGCCAGCGUCGCGGGCAGCCGGCAAAGGCUAGCGUGUUAGGGUGCCCCCUUGAGGCUGAGUCCGAGUCGGCGGGUGAGGCGGGAGGCAUGAGCGGGAGGCACCGCGGCGGCGGCGCUGGGGGCUGAGGCCGCGGCGGGACCGGACCUGGGCCAUUGCCGAGCUGAGGUGCCAGGGCGGAGCCCGAGAUGGUGGCGGCUGAGGCGGCGGUGGUGGUGGUCAGGGCCGGCGGGCCUCCUCUCGCGGCCGCCUCCGCCUUCCUCCUCCCGGCGCUGCUGCUACUCCUGCUGCUCCCGCCGCCGCCUCUCGCCGUGGAAGGGGCCGGCCUGGCGGAGAACGUGAUCUGGGCCGUGAACGCCGGCGGGGAGGCCCAUGUGGACGUCCACGGCGUACACUUCCGGAAGGACCCCCUCGAGGGCCGUGUGGGGCGAGCCUCCGAUUACGGCAUGAAGCUGCCAAUCUUGCGAUCCAACCCUGAGGAUCAGAUUCUCUACCAGACUGAGCGCUACAACGAGGAGACCUUUGGCUACGAGGUCCCCAUCAAAGAGGAGGGUGACUACGUGCUCGUGCUGAAGUUUGCCGAGGUCUACUUCGCACAAUCCCAGCAGAAGGUUUUUGAUGUGCGCUUGAACGGUCACGUGGUGGUGAAGGACUUGGACAUCUUCGACCGAGUUGGGCACAGCACAGCCCAUGACGAGAUUAUCCCGAUCAGCAUCAAGAAGGGGAAGCUGAGUGUCCAGGGAGAGGUUUCAACAUUCACAGGGAAGCUCAACAUUGAGUUUGUCAAGGGGUACUAUGAUAAUCCAAAAGUCUGUGCACUAUAUGUCCUCCGGGGAACAGUGGAUGAUGUUCCAAAGUUGCAGCCCCAUCCAGGCCUGGAGAAAAAAGAGGAGGAGGAAGAGGACGAGGAGUAUGAAGAAGGCUCCAGCACUAAAAAGCAGGCCAAUAAGAACCGGGUCCAGUCAGGCCCCCGCACACCAAACCCCUAUGCCUCGGACAACAGCAGCCUCAUGUUCCCUAUCUUAGUGGCCUUUGGUGUCUUCAUUCCUACCCUCUUCUGCCUGUGCAGGCUGUGAGAGACAAGACUGCAGGGCUGGCUGCAGGCCUGAGGGGAGGAGUCGGACCAAACGUGGAGGCUGUUUCGGUUUCUCGUAAUUUAAUAGAAGGUUUGUUAAGGAGCAGCAGGUACUAUAAAGGGUGAUUUUGCACCACCCUCUUUGGAGGAGACCUCCUUUCCCCCCCCCCAGCAGAAGCAGCAGCAGGCACCACCUUGGCAACCCCUGGAUCCCACCCAGAUGUGCGCUGAGUUGCCACCCUUGUGGUCCAGAGAGUCUUGAAAGCAAAACCUGGAUGCUUCUGGUUUUAAGAUACUGAUGGGCUGUUUUCCUGGUGGAAUCAAGGCAGGGGGGAGGAGGAGAAUGAAACUGGGAGGGCACGUCUCCAAACGUUGGCUUAAGCCACUGCACAUCCUUGGCUGGAAUAAUUCAUGUUUGCGCUAGAACUGCUGGAGGGGGAAUAGGCUGGCUUUCUUAACACCUGCUGGAAAGUUUGUAACUCAACCCAUGGUACUUCCUUUCUGUUCUGAAAGAGAAAAAAGGCUCUCCCUUGCUGGUUGUGUAAAAAGCCUUUGGUUACAGGAGCAAGGAGAACAAGUUGGUCUGGUUCAGCUGCCGUGUCUGAGAGAAAUGUUCUUUCCGUGGUCACUGUAGCAUCUGACCGCUCCCCUUGGAAAGGGCCCAGCCUCAGGCAGGCGGGUAGUUUCCUUGCUUGUCAUGCCAUUUCUUGACACAGAACCCUUUGUGUGUCUGUGAAUGAUUCCGUGUUCCCCUUGGCUUGUCCUUGGGGAUUUUCUCCCCUACUCCUGUCCGUUGUUGCUUUAAGUGUCCCUCUGUAUUCUUACACACACACCCAAACACACACACAUACAGUGGUCUGAUGCUCAGGACCUCUCCCCUCCCUUGUGCAUGUCACCUUGUUGAGAACCUGGUACGUAGAGGUUGGAGCUUUGGGGGGAGAUGUAGGGGAUUGUCAGAGACCUCAGUUUUCCCUGGUGCCCUUUUGUUCUCCCUUGUGCCAGGAGACUUGCCACCUUCUGAGCCACAAAGAGCAUCUUUUCCUUUGUUCAAGAGCUCCAGCGCAGGGAGAUCUGACACAACUUUGCUCCCUGCCCUUGGACCUCCUCGACAUGCUUUAGCUUAUGCAUGCCUUUUUUUUUUAAUGGACUUGAAAACCCAAGUGCCAGUGUUGUUUUUGAAUGAUCAGGUGCAUGUCAGUUUCACUAGCUCUGCUGGCCACAAUGUGCUGUUUUUUCCUUCCUUCCAGGAGAGCAGUCUUAACACUCUGAAGCAGCCCUUAAAGCAAAGAGCCACCAUCCCAAGAAACAUAGACUGGAAGGUGGCAAAGCCCAGGCUGCCAGAAUAUCUGCGGCACACUGAAAGGGUCAGCCAAGUUGGCAUCCCCCUCCUCAUUUUGUUGAGGGUUUCCGAAUGUGGUUGAACGGGAUGCUAGUUGUUGCUUUUUGUCGUAGAGGAGGGAGCUAUGGAACUGACCUGGAUUGUGGUCCUCUUUCAGAGACACCUGCUUAUCGGGGCCUCUUUGAUUCUCCCCCACCUAAGGUGAAAACAGAGAAUUCUGAGUCUGCACAGUGAGUUAUUCCGGCUUUCUUUCUGGUUUUCUGUUACUGUAAUUGCAGAGAGAAUGGCAGUCUGAGUGUGAGGGAGGGGUGAACACAGCCUGGAGCAAGGCCUGUCACUGGUCACCUGAGGGUGCGAGGAAACAAAACACAGAGCGCGUCUCCAAAUACUGGCUUAAAGGAGCAGGCGUUGCCAUUUGUCUCCUGCACGAUGGAGGCUUUUGCACAGCUGUUGUUGCAAAUUGGACAUCACUUGGUGAGAGCAACUGGCCGGGCUGGAGCCCCUCCCACCCUUCUCUGCAGACACUCUUUCUCCUGGUGUCACCAGCCCGCACGCUGUCCUCUGUGGCUGAUCCAGACAGCCACCUCUUCAUUGCCCUCUUCCCUGGACCUUAAUUCCCCUCCACACACACACACACAUAGUAAACUUCCUGGCAUUUCCUUACAUGGUUCCAAAUGCCACUUGAGAAUGUAGCAGUAUGUGGGGUUUUUUUGCAUACCAUUACUAUUCUGCUGCUCUUGACAAAAGUGGCCCUGUUUGGGGAUGCUAAGCCACGUGUGGCAUGCUUUGUCCCCUCUUUAGAAUGCUGAAGCUUGUUCCUAUAACUUAUCAUAUGUUCCACAGUUAGGGCGUGUGUGUCUCUCAAGGCCCCCCUGCUGAUUUCUCCCCAGGUACAGUCCUGUUGGAUAAAUCGUGUCUGAAAAGGGCCUUUGGUUUCACAUGGCUAAUAAAUGUGUUCAACUCCACCAGAUGCUUCCAGUGCCUCCACCCAACCCUGAGGUGCAUCUCUCAAAAGGAAGUCUGCCUGCAUCCAGACCCCUCCCGCGUCUUUGGUCCCAGAGCGAGCACUUCUCCCCCAGCCCACCCUGCCUGCCCGGUUCUUGUGUUUUUCGUUCCUGCACCUCCUCUAAGCACACUGCAAAUGCUGGCAGAGAUGUCGGUGUAAUCCCUGGGCUUGGAGGCUGGCUGUCCCGCUGCAGUGCCUCUCCUUCUCCCGGCUGGCUCUAGCCCAGCCUUUCCCAACCAGUGUGCCUCCAGAUGUUGUUGGACCACAACUCCCAUCAGCCUCAGCCAGCAUUGCCAAUGGUCAGGAAAGAUGGGAGUUGUGGGCCCACAACAUCUGGAGGCACACUGGUUGGGAAAGGGUGCUCUAGAGCAUGUGUAAAGAACCUUUGGCUCUCUAGAUGUAACUAAAAUUCCCAUUAUCUCUGACCAUUGGCCAUCCUUGCUGGGGCUGAUGGGAAUUGUAGUUGAGCAACAUCUGGAGGGCCAAAGGUUCCCCACACCUGCUCUAGACCUUGCUUUACGGAGCAGGGGGGAAGCACUGUGUUGUUUCAGUCUCAGCUCUCUUGAUGGGUUUGAUAUGGAAGCUGCUCAGCCCCGGCCGAGUCUGGCUGGCUUAGUCUACUACUCACAGCAGGCAGGUGGUACGUGAGCUUAGCUGCGUGGCUGUGGGUGCAGGUGGCCGCGCUUGUCCUUAUGCUGUUCGUCUCUUACGGUCCUUCAGCUUUAAAUAACUGUUGCCUUUUUUCACAGCUUUGCUUAUUUUGAGACUAGAUUGGGUUUGACAAAUAAACAAAAUCGCUAGUACGUGAUGAAGUCCUUUAGAAUUGCAGAAGUCCGUUCCCAGGCUGGGCACCUUGUGUCCUCUUGAGGUCUGAGGCAGGGUGAAGUUGUGCAGGAGCUCUGGCUAGAGUAUGGGAAGCGCAGUGUUCCCGUCACGCACUGCAGCUAGGACAGGGUUCGAGCAGAAGGAUGGCGGGGAGAAGAGAUCUGUGCAGAGAGUCCUCUGCCUGCCAGGUGAUUCAUUGCUAGCGCCAGGUGCUAUGCCAGCCUUCCCCAACCUGGUGCCCUCCAUAUGUUUUGGACCACCACUCCCAUCAGCCCUAGCCAGCCCAGCCAUAGUCCAAAACAUCUGGAGGGACAACUGGGGGAAGACUGUGCUACCCUAUAGAAUCUUGCAACCCCAGUUCCACCCCCUUUUCUCUCCUUGCUUUGAGGGCCCUGGUGAAUACUAAUGAUGUCCAUGUUUCCAUCUGCCUCAUUAGAGAUUUAUUAGUCCCUAGAGGAAAAGAGUCCGAUACAAGGUAUGGCCAAGCACUUGAGCUGUGUCUUUACUACAGCAGGAUUUGGUGGGGCAGUCAGAUGGGCCCCUGCCGCAAGAGCACUCACAUUCUGUGAGGAAACUGCUGUGAUUUCAUUUCUUUCCCCUUAAAUUUUGAAGUUUGUUAAAGGCCAUGUAACAGCAGCGCUCGUGCUGCUGGCUAAUUUAAAAGCUCUCUCAUUCUAAAAAAUUCAGUGAGAAAGAAGGCUGAGAUUCUCAAUUUCUGAGCCUGGUGCUUGGGGUAUGGAGAAUUAACUGGUGUCUGACUUCCUUUUAUCCAGAAAGGCACCCUCUACUCCUGUGGCUGCCUAACAAAAGGUUUGGGUGCAAGGCAAGAUCUGAGCCCCUACUUCGAUGCGCCGAGAGAAAGAGCUGCGCUAAGACCUUGCCCUUUUGCAUUUGGCUGCUUUGACGGUGACAAGCCAGCCUGGCAGCUUCUGUCCUUGUCUGGUAUGCAAGAGGGAGCCGCCGCUUUCUUUUUAUCUUUGGAGGACAUUGCAGGUGGUAACUGGAGGAAUGCCAAAGCUGAAUCUUAUGUAUAUGUGUUUUUUGUGCCUUUAUAUUUUCAGGUAGUGAGAUGAGAACAGGCUUUAUUUGUAAAGAAGCUUCUGUUUUAAGGAACUUCUCUUACCUCUUUAAAAAAAAUGUGUAGGAUGGUCAUGAAUGCUGUCUCCUUUGAGAUGAACAUUUUCCUGCUCUGCAAAGUGCAGGGAAGCACAGCUUAAAGCCCUUUGAGGCCUUGGGCUUCCUUUCGUCUGUAGCUGGACAACGCAAGUGAGCCGGAGACAGGCCUGCCAGGUUGCCCUCCCCAAAGCCAUCUAAAUUUGGAACUCUUGUUGGUAUAACUCGGGAGCAGCCUUCCACAACAUGGUGCCCUCCAGAUGUUUUGGACUGCAACUCCCAUCAGCCCCAACCAGCACAACUGAUGGGAGCUUGUACUCCACAAAUAAUCUGGAGGGCACCAGAUUGGCGAAGGCUAUCACAGAUCAUAAGGAAAAAACUUGUUACGGAAUUUUUAGGCCUCCUACAUGACUCAAGAGCAGCUUUCUCCAACCUGGUGCCCUCCACAUGUUUUGUAGUACAAUUCCCAUCAUCCCUGACCAUUGGCCAUGCUGGCUGGGACUGAUGGGAAUUGUAGUCCAAAACAUCUCGAAGGCCCCAGGUUGGCAAAGGCUGGUACUGAUUAGGACUCUGCUGUCAUGUUGGAGUCUUGUGUUGCCAGGACAGGGUAGAAGAGAACCAGAGGUCUAGUCCCUGCCUGCCAAGUGAUCUAAUGCUGACGCCAAGUGCUUCAAGGCAGUGGGCUUUCCUCACCCCAUGGUGUGAAAGUGCCCAAGACCACCUCCUUCACACAUGGUAUGUCCUCGCAGAGCAGUUGGUCCACAAGCCCUCUCCUCUGCUGGGACACAGCAGUGUAAGUUCACUCUUUUCUGGAGUAGUUUCAGACUCCUGUCAGGCACAUUUUCCAAGCGAGCAUACACUCUCUCGGUACCGGGAAGGUGAUGGGGAGCAUGUUUUCCCUAUAUUGUUUGAGGUCAUGGUGCAAUCAUGGUUUGGGUUGAGAGAGAACCCUCUUCAAUGCACCAUGAACAGGCCUCCAGAGAAAAAAAGUGAGGAAGCUGCUGGAUCUGGUGGCCUGGUUCCAAUAUUCUAAAGAGAAAAGGCUGGAGCUUCUGAAGGAGGUUUGCUCUUGUGUCUGUUUGACCAGGGAACAAAAGAGUUGGUCUGGACAUCUGUGAAGUGUGAGGGUAAAACCAACCCAUGAUCCUUGCAGCUGAGACUCUUCCAAUGCCUGAUGGGAAAGUGUUAGAUGCAGAUUGGAGCUCUGUUGGUUCUUCAGUAACAACUUGUUAAUAAGCUUGCAGGGCCAAAAUAGUGUUGGGACGUGCAAAUGUUCUCUUUUCCUUAGUGGGGGACAAGAGGAAGUUUUAGUAAAUAAGCUAUUAUUGUCUUGGGUGUGGCACUUCCUGACCUUAGUUUAAAGGAGAGGGUGGGUAUGUUUACUGUUGCAGCAACCCAUAACCCAUUCCAUCAUGAGGGCAAUUGGUGGUAUUAGUUUAGAGCAGCCUUUGUCAACCUACUGUGCUCCAGAUGUUUUGGACUACAUCUCCCAUCGCAGCAGGUUGGGGUAGAAUGUCCUCCAUCACUGGGGAGAUACUUCUACCUAUAUAUUAGAGUAAUAGUUUCAGAGAGGAAGGAUUCUUUAAUGGGGUUUUGCAUAUGCGUUGCCUGCUCAGCAAGGGUCAAUGUUGAUAAGAUGCUUUCAUUUUAUUACUGUCUUCUCCCCCCCUCUCCCCCCGCCCCAGCCAAACAGAGCAAGUGCUUUAUUUAAACAAGCUGAAGUGCUUUCUACCCUCUCAAGGAUGCUUGUAUGUCUUGGCACCUUGACUCUCUUGCAGAAGAUCUCUCUCGUGGAGGAGGAAAUCAUGUGAAUGUUGUCUGCAGUUUAAGGAAGGGUUAGAAACCGUCUCCUCACAGUCAGUCCCCCUUGGAGGCUGCUUUGCAGGGGCCUAGUAACACAGGAAAUCUCACCCAGAAUUCUAGAGGUAUCCUUGACUGCACUCUUCUUCCAGAAUUCAUGGGGCGGAUUGCACCACUCCCUGAGGUUUACCCCUUGCUCUGCCACAGCUGAAGAAGAGGCGGGUGAUGGAAGGGGAGAUAGGUGGGAAGGAGGGGUAAAGGUCUGUGGGGCCAGCUGGGGAGGUUUUCAAAGGAUGCACAUUCCUUCAUUCAGUGGGUGUUUGAUGCUGUUUGGUGUGCUUGAGCCUCCCAAGUUGCUCUUGCAUCUGAUAAAAACGAAUUAUCUUGAAUCGGAGUGCAGCUGACAUAAGGACUAUUUUUGUCCUGCUUUACUGAAAACACCCUGGGAUGGUUCUGUGCUUUCACGUUGAUGUCAGAAGUGAUCCUUCGGGUGCCUUUAAGGGAGUGCCUUGUUGAGAGAUUUUUUUCAGUUUCUCCAGGGGAAGGGCCCGUCUUUUGUUUUUCUUCGCUUCCUAAGCAAGAAGGGUCAAAGUUCGACACCGUCCAAGGCUUCUUAAGCUUGGCGUCAGGUGAUAAUUCUUAUCAACAUUAAAACAGGUGGCAACUUUGAACUCCUGCAAAAACCCAGUUUUCAGAUGCCUGGUACUAGUUGUAUACUUUGGGUCUGGUUCAUUUCCCCUGCUCCCAUGCCUUGGAUCCCUGCCCGUGCUUGCUAAUGAGGCACCAAUGUGCUUUCAAGCAGCUGAUCUCCUGGGCACUUAGGAUGAGCCAGGUGUAAGCUUGAAGAUUACAAGGCUAGGCUGGGUGGAAUCCAUUCCCUUACUGGUAAUUCUUCAUCUGUAACUUCAAAGUUAAUUCCUGAUUUUGAAGGAGGAAGGUGUUUCUAAACUGUCUCUUGCUUUCUGUGUCUAAUCAUUUGCAGUGGUUCUUUUAAAAAAAAUUGGUGUGCAUUUUAAUAUCAAUCUUGGGCAAAGGGUGAAAAGCACAGAUGUCUAUGUCUGAUUGCAUUGGUUUGCAAAAUGACUUUUUUCCUUUCCUGGGGAAAUUGAACGGGUAUGAAUGAGUUGUUCUGAGUUAAUUUCUCCCCUAAAAUUUUUUGGUACAUUUAGUUGGGUUUUUUUUAAAAAAAAAAUGUUGGGGUUUUUUUUCUCCCAGGAUGUGUGGUUUGAGGGAAAUGUUCUGAAAUCUACUGACUGGCAGUUUUAACCAGCAGUGUGUUAAAAUAAAUAAAAUGAAAUUAUAUUGUCA